AUUUAUCUCCAGAAGGAAGGGAAGAAUUAGAAAAGAUUUAGAGGAAAAACGUUUUAACAAUUUAUAGGCAUUUACUAUUUAAUUGCAACAAUGAACGAUUUAUCCGAUGGUGUGUAUAGUGAGAAUAUAAAAGAAGAAAAUUCAGAUAUUAUUGAUAUAACUGGACGGUGGGGAAAAUGGCAGACGAUUAUCUUGUUGUGUUUAGCAUAUUUAAGCAUACCUGCCGCAUGGUAUAAUUUAAAUAUGGCAUUUUUAGCACCGAAUAUUAAUUAUUGGUGUAAAAAGCCUUCAGAAUAUGCAAAUUUGACUAUGGAAGAAUGGAAAAAUUACAGUAUACCCUUAGUAAUAGAAGAUAAUGUACGAAUAUACAGCAAAUGUGAAAUGUAUGAUUCAUUAAUUAGGAGCUCUAAUAAAACUCUAAUAUCGUGUACCUCGUGGGAUUACGAUCAUUCCUUCUACAAAUCGACUAUUGUCGAAGAAUGGGAUCUGGUAUGUGACAGAGCUUGGUUGGCUUCUUUGGCUCAAUCGCUUUAUUAUCUGGGAUUUUUAUUAACAGCUUUUAUUGGAGGACAAUUAUCUGAUAAAUUUGGAAGAAAGCGUACAUUUUACAUAUGUGUGGUAUGGACGUUUAUCUUCGGUAUGAUAAGUACAUUUUCUCAAAAUUUCUGGAUGUUUGCCAUAUGCCGAUUUUUUCUUGCACUGGGAAGAGCAUCUUCGUUUUUGAUUAUCUAUGUAUUGUCAACGGAAGUGGUUGGAAAAGAAUAUAGACUUUUGGUUGGAUUAUUUGGUACAGCUGGAUGGGCAUUAGGGCAGAUGAUUCUUCCUGGGCUUGUGUGGCUUUUCAGAGAUUGGUUUCAUAUUGAAUUAAUAUCUGCUUUGUCUUUCAUAAUUUUCUUUCCAUUGUGGAGGAUAAUUCCGGAAUCUCCAAGAUGGCUUCUUUCCCAAGGUAGAGUUAACGAAGCUGAAGAAAUACUCAGAUAUGCUGCCAAGUUGAAUAAAAGAAAUGUAGUCAACUUAAAUGAAAAAUUACAAUCGAUAUCAGAAAAGAUUAUGAUAGAGAGCGAAGGAAAGGAUAAUAAACAAAUAACAUUUUUGGAUAUAAUGAAAUGUCCUAAUUUAAGAAGAAUAAGUUUAAUUUUAUAUACCGUUUGGUAAGUUUUGUAAAUUUUAU